AUAAAAGAAUCGGAGCUGAGUCGAACCGGAAGUCUCGUCGGUUGGGUUUCCUCUCCGGCUGGCGGUGAAAUAGUCGCGUUAGCUCCGGAGCUAAUUCUUCACUUUGUAAACGGAGAAGUUUCAGUCCAAUGGGAGACAGCGAUGACGAGUUCGACAGGAGGAGGCGGGACAAGUUCAGGAGAGAGAGGAGCGACAUGGAGCGGUCAAGGGAGAGGGAGGAGAGGAGGCGGGACGACUGGCCCGACAGGGACUGGGACCGCGGCAGAGAGAGGAGGAGGGAUUACGAUCGCGGUCGCAGAGAGAGGUUUUCUCCACCUCGACACAUCAGCCCUCAACACAAACGCAUGAGGAGAGACUGGGAUGACCACCGGGGGGAGCCGUACCGCUACGACAUGCCCUACGGAGGAGGGGCUCCGUUUCCAGGGGCGGGGCCUCAGGGCUGGCAUCCUGACCUCCCCCACCUUCACCCCCACCAUGGAGGUCACCCACUUCAGGGCAGGUUGGGGAUGGUGGAUCCUGACCUUCCUCCUCCUGGUCCUCCCACCAUGAGGAGCUUUAAGGAGUUCCUGUUGAACAUGGAGGACAGUGUCGAUGAGACAGAGGCGGUGAAGCGUUACAACCAGUACAAACUGGACUUCAGGAGGCAGCAGCUGCAGGACUUCUUCCUACAGCACAAAGACCAGGAGUGGUUUCGCUCAAAGUACCACCCCGAAGACAUCAUGGCCAGUAAGGCGGAGUCUCUGGCCUCCCUCAAAACCCGGCUAAGCGUCUUCCUCUUCCUUCUGGACAACAACUGGCUGGAAAACAUGUCUCUGGACAUGGACCACAGUGCAGCAAUCAUAAAACUCCUCGACGCAGCCGUGAUAAAGAUGGAGGGAGGUACAGACCUUGACCUGCAGGUCCUGGAGGCACCUGCAGCUCCUGUGGCGGCAGCGGGCGGGGAGACGAGCAGUGGCGUCAUCAGUGGAGCAGCAGCUGGAGGUGAGAAGAGUCAGGGCGAGCAGAGCAGAGGAAGUGUCAGCGAUCCAAGCAGCUCAGAGGCGACCAGUAGUCGAACGGAGGCGUCGACCAGCGGAGAGAAGGGCGAGAAAAAGGACUGUGAUAAGGACUGUGAAGAGGAGGCCACGCAGAAUGGCGAGAAGGAGAAGGACGAUGAGGAGGAGGAGGAGGAUGAGGAGGAGGAGGAGGAGGAGGAGAAGAAAUCCACUCAGGGCAGGAAAAGGAAACGCAGCGUGUCAGCUGACAGCGGGGAGGGGAGUGCCUCCGACUCAGACUCCUCCCACUCUGAAGGAGAGAAGGAGGAGGACGAAGAGAAGGAAGAGGAGGAGGAGGAAGGAAAAGACGAGCGUCGUAAAGAGCGAGGGAAAGAGCGAGGGAAAGAGAGGGAGAAAGAGGCCCCUGCGAAACCCCGCCCCCUCCACCUCACCACCUCCCUGUUCAUCAGGAGCAUCCCACCAGAGGUGUCAAAGGAGGAGAUCACUGCGUUGUGUCGCAGGUACCCAGGCUUCCUACGGGUGGCGCUGUCGGACCCUCAGCCUGAGAGGAGGUUCUUUAGGCGGUGUUGGGUGACUUUCGACCGCGGUGUGAACAUCAAGGAGACGUGCUGGAACCUCCAGAACAUCAGGCUCAGAGACUGCGAACUGUCUCCGGUGGUCAACAGAGAUCUGUGUCGGCGCGUUCGCACCGUCAACGGUCUGACGCACCACAAACCGGUGGUGAGGAACGACAUCCGUCUGUCAGCCCGACUCGUGCACAGCCUGGACCAGAGGGGGGAGCUGUGGGCCGAACAGAUGGAGACGAACCCCGUCCUGAAGAACAUUACAGAUUACCUCAUAGAGGAAGUCAGCGCUGAGGAGGAGGAGCUUAUUGGCGCCUCCGGGGGCAACAGUGACGACACAGGUGACGCCAAAGACCCCGCCUCCUCCUCUGAAGUCAGCGUGGAGACAGACGACAAGCUAAUGAAGGUGCUGGACAGACUGCUGCUCUACCUGCGCCUCGUUCACUCUGUAGAUUAUUAUAACUUCUGUGAGUAUCCUGCUGAGGACGAGAUGCCUCAUCGCUGUGGCCUGAUCCAUGUACGAGGACCCCUACCUGUGGCCAAGAUCACUGCAGCUGAGAUGAGCGAACAUCAGAGGAUGUGUGAAGAGCGUCUGGCUCCUCUGCUGUCACCAUCAGAGACACUGAGUGAGGAAGAAGCUGCCAGGCUGGGAAAGAAAGACCCGGAACAAGAGGUGGAGAAGUUCCUGACAGCCAACUCUCAGGAGCUCAGUAAAGAUAAGUGGUUGUGUCCUCUGAGCGGGAAGAAGUUCAAGGCUCCAGAGUUUGUGCGUAAACACAUCCUGAACAAACACGGAGACAAGGUCGCUGCCGUCAGACAGGAGGUUGAGUUCUUCAACAACUUUCUGUUGGACUCCAAGAGACCCGCCCUUCCUGAGAACAAGCCCCUCCUACCGCCAGUGCAAGCCGCUCCCCCUGGCAUCCCUGGAUUUCCUGGUCAGUCGCCACAACAGCAAAGUCUUCUGGGAUAUCCCCCUGGUGUCAGACCUCCCAUGCCUGGCUUCCCUGGUGGGGGACCUCCCUACCCCCACAACCAGUUUGGCGGUGGCCGCGGUAACUACGACAACUUCAGAGGUCAUUUAGGAGGAGGAGGAGGAGGUGGUGGAGGGUUUCCUGCGAAACAACGGAACAGCAGGGGCGCACGAGGAGACCCUCGCUCAAUCAUCGAGUACAGAGACCUCGACGCUCCGGAGGACCUCGACUUCUUCUGAACACAACGAAGUCAAAACACAGGAUGUUUUUUUUAGACGUUUUUUUAUUUCUACGUUUUCCCAUGAUUCAUUUCAUCUUCCCUCCAUCUCUAGCUCGUCUUUUAUUUUGAGUUAGGACAGAAAAUGUGUGUGUGCGUGCGUGUGUGUGUGUGUAUGUGUAUGUGUGUGUGUAUGUCAGGAGCAGGACCAACGUGACUGUCCAUCAUUGAUUAAAUGAAUUGUUCCACUUUCCAAUAAAGAUCAAUAGAGGAAGACUGAU